AUGGCCGACAUCGACGACGAGCUCCUUGCCCUCGCGGGCGGUGACUCGGAGGAUGAGGGCUCCGUCCGCUCCAGCAGAGGGCCCUCGGCGUCGCCGCCGCCCAGGGACUCGGGCAAGUCCAAGAAGGCGAAACGCGCGUCCAGAGGCGAUGAAUCCGAGGAAGAGGGUGAAGCGCUCUCCACGGCAUCAUCACCAAACUCCCUCGAAUCAGCACCAAUGGACGAGUCGGACUCGGACGACGAGCAGCCCUCUCGUUCUCGCGCCGCCGCGUCUCGUGGCGGUGAUGAUGACGACAAAUACCCUGUCGAUGGCAUGUUCAUGAGCCAGACCGAAAAGGCGGAGAUUAUGGCUCUCCGUGAGGUCGAGCGAGAACAGAUCAUCGCAGAUCGUAUCUCUGAGAUUGAGCGGCAGCGCCAGAACCGCUUGCUGCGACAGAUGGUUACGACGGUUGAGAACGAGGAGCGCAAGACUGUCAAGAAGAAGCGGACCGCCGACACCGCCGAGCUCGAGGAUGACGACCGCAGGUCGUCUCGUCCGCGCACCGGCAAGCCGGCUGAGACGGCCAUGGACUCGCUCCGCCGUGCCAGAGCCGAGAAGCAGAGGCGGAAGGAAGACCACGAGCGCCGAAAGGACUACUCGCCCAGACGGGACUCUCGCGAGCCCGAGAGCGAUGACGACUUUGGACGCGCCCGAAGUCGGACGCCUGAGAAGGAACUUGACAAGGAACUCCCCCCGCCGGAGCUUAAGGACUACGAAAAGGUGCGAGUCGGUCGAAAUCAGUUCUCUCAGGUGUGCCAGACGCCCGGUUUCGAGGCUGCCAUUACGGGAUGCUACAUCCGUGUCUCGGUUGGCGCGCAUCCGGAAACGGGUAUCGACCAGUAUCGGAUGGCGUUGAUCAAAGGCUUCACGACCGGUAGGCCCUAUGCGAUUAUGAGUCCUAAUGGAGCUUUUAUUACGGACCAGUACGUGAAGGCGGCACACGGCAAGGCAAUUAAGGAAUUCCCCUUCAUUGCCGCCUCUAGCGGAAAGUUUAGCUCGGCCGAGCUCAACCGCUACCAAAUUACGUGCAACAACGAAGGCGUCACCCUGCCCAAGCGCGAAUUCCUGUGGGACAAGGUCGAUGCCAUCAAUUCACUCCUUAACCAUGUCUGGACGGGUGAAGAAAUCAAAGCACGACUGGCCAAGCGCAACGAGUUCAAGCGCCAAUUCGACCCCGCAGAGCGCGAACGUGUUGCUCGGUUGCUUGACGAGGCUGUCUCGAGAGGCGAUGAAGAGGAGGCAGACAGACUACAGCAGGAACUUGACAAGCUCAGCAAGCAGCGUCUGGCGUUCAAGACGACUCUCGGGCCGUCAAAGCUGACGGACACGGCGGCCACUUCUUCGGAGCAGGACUGGCUGGCUGAGCGAAACCGAGAGAACCGACGCAUGAACGCCGAGCUAGUCCGCAAGGCGCAGCUCAAAGAGAAGGCCAAAGCGCGCGAAGUGGAAAGGGCUAUCAGCCGAGGCGAGGCGGUGCCCGACGACCCAUCUCGACGGCUGCGGACAAAGGCCAAGUUCGUGCACGACGUCAACUCGACCCCCCAGAAGCCCUCGCAGAACGGUAGUGCCGCGAGCACGCCGGCCAACGGAGGCACACCCAAGGUGGCGCCUACGAAGCCGCAGAUGGCGUCCCACCUGGCUAAGCUGCAGGAGAAGAAGUACGAGGAGAGCAAGGGCCUCCCCAUGAUCCACAAGCCACUCAUGGAUGACGACGUCAUUGGAGCGCUUGACCUGGAUAUUGAUGUCGAGAUUUGA